CGCCGGUUGUUAAGACUUCCGCUUGUACAUUUUCGGCGAUGCUUUCCUAAACAUUUCUUUUCUUCUAUUUACAUAAAAAAUGUCUACUAAUCUUGUUCACGAAGAGCGCGCUACCAAAGACGAGCUAAAUAAGCAGAUCAAGGAACAGAAGGUUGUGAUUGAUGAGCUGUCAAAUCUGAAGAAAAACAGGAAAGUCUUCGUCCAGCAGCCGAAUAGCAACAUCUUCUUCCUCGCCGAUAAAGGAGAGAUGCUGAGCACCUGCAAGAGGGAUCUGGACAAAAUGAAGAAAGAAUACCAGGACAUGUAGAGUCUGGGCGAGUGUGUGUGUGUGUGUGUGUGUGUGUGGAAAAUGUGUGGGAUCUGCUGUGUGGUGAGUUUGACCUCGUCUCAGUGUGCGCUUCAC